GGGAGCGGAUGUGCGCGGUAGGGACAGAGGGGAGGCGUUGGCCAGGCCGGAGCUGGCUGGGGUGCAGCUUAGCCCAGCAGUUUGGCUAGCCAUGCAGCGAUCGGGGCCAGAGCGGGGUUACUUGCCUCGGGGACAGGAGUUCUGGAAAGACAGGACCAUGGAUGGUUUCAACAGAAAUGCAGCGGGCUCCGGGCGCAAGAUCCAAGCAAGAGUCCAGAAUGGGCCCCUGGAUUUAAUUGAGACGGGCAAAGGGCUGAAGGUGCAGACGGACAAGCCACACCUGGUGAGCCUGGGCAGUGGGCGGCUUAGCACAGCUAUCACUCUUCUGCCGCUGGAGGAAGGAAGGACAGUGAUUGGUUCUGCUACCAAGGAUAUCUCGCUACAAGGUCCUGGCCUAGCACCUGAACACUGCUACAUUGAGAACCUACGAGGGACCCUCACCCUCUAUCCCUGUGGCAAUGUCUGCACCAUCGAUGGGCUACCCAUCCACCAGCCCACUCGACUCACCCAGGGUUGCAUGUUGUGCCUGGGUCAAUCCACCUUCCUCCGAUUUAACCACCCUGCAGAAGCCAAGUGGAUGAAAAGCAUGAUCCCAUCUGGAGGUAGGGGCCCUGGAGCACCCUAUACCCCUGCCCUAGCUGAGUCAGAGAGCCUGGUGAAUGGGAACCACCCCCCACAGCCCCCCAACCGGGGUCAUGCUGCUUGUGCCAGCCACAGCUCCCUGGUGAGCUCCAUUGAGAAGGACCUACAGGACAUCAUGGAUUCCCUGGUGCUGGAGGAGCCGGGGGCACCCGGCAAGAAGGUCCCUGCAAGCUCCCCCCUCUCCAAUGGUGGGCGCUACACACUCUCACCCCCCAUUAGCCCGGGGGCCAUGUCGGUGGGCUCCAGCUAUGAGAACACCUCUCCCCCCUUUUCCCCUCUCUCCUCGCCGGCCAGCAGUGGCAGCUGCGCUAGCCACUCACCUGGAGGGCAGGACCCAAGCCCGGCCAUUCCCCCCCUGGUGCCUGCCCGCUCCUCAAGCUACCAUCUGGCCUUACAACCCCCGCAGAUCCGACCUGGUGGUGCCCGCCCCACAGAGAGCCCCCGGCUGGGCAGGAAAGGGAUCCAUGAAGGGCCUCCGAGCCCAGGCCGGCGAGGUCUGCUGACCGACAGUCCUGCUGCUACUGUGCUGGCAGAGGCCCGCAAAGCCACCGAGAACCCGCGGCUGGGGGUGUCGCUGCCCGUUGUGGCCAUCAGCCUGAGUGAAUACCCUGAUGGCAGUGCGCGAAGCCAGGCCACCAACAUUCCUGGCAGCCCCAAGUUCCAGCCUCCCAUCCCUGCCCCCCGGAACAAGGCCAGCACCCUCCAGGAGCGGCCCCCUAGUCCCUUCCGGGAGCUGUCGGGCACCGAGCGAGCAAUGACGGCCAGUCCUUCACGCCAGCUGGUGGGCAGAACCUUCUCAGAUGGGAUGGGCACCCGAUCCCUGCAGCCCCCAGAGAGUCCUCGCCUGGGCCGGCGGGGAGGUCCCGAUAGCAUGCGGGAGCUCCCGCCCCUGAGCCCAUCCCUGUCUCGGCGGGCCUCCCCACUGUCUCCCAUGCCUGCCCGGGCCACUCCGGACACUAAGCUGACCAGGGAAAUGGCUGAGAGUCCCCGGCCCCGCCGCUGGGCAGCCCACACAGCCUCUUCCGAAGACUUCAGCCUCACCCUGGGUGGGAGGGGCCGUCGGACAAGGAGCCCCUCCCCCACACUUGGAGAGCCACUGGUGCCUCGAAAGGGCAGCUUCGGUGGUGGGUUGAGCCCGGCCUACAGCCUCGGCUCCUUAACUGGAGCCUCACCCCGACAGAGUCCUCGGGCUCAGAGGAAGCUCUCUAGUGGGGAGCUCCGGGUGCCGGCCCCCCGGGAGAGGAAGAACAGCAUCACUGAAAUCAGCGACAAUGAAGAUGACCUGCUGGAGUACCACCGGCGCCAGCGGCAGGAGCGGCUCCGUGAGCAGGAGAUGGAGAGGCUGGAGCGCCAGCGUCUAGAAACCAUCCUGAACUUGUGUGCUGAGUACACCCGGGCAGAUGGGGGCUCUGAGGUAGGGGAGCUGCCCAGCAUCGGCGAGGCUGCCACGGCCUUGGCACUAGCAGGCAGAAGGCCGUCCAGGAGCCUGCCUGGGGCAGUGGGGGCCUCUGGCCGAGGCACUGAGGAGCCCAGCGCGGCUGCCCAGAGGCUCUGGGAGAGUGUGGAGCGCUCCGAUGAGGAGAAUCUGAAGGAGGAGUGUAGCAGUACUGAGAGCACCCAGCAGGAGCAUGAAGAUGCCCCGGCCUCCAAGCUCCAGGGUGAGGUAUUGGCUCUGGAGGAGGAGCGGGCGAAGGCACUUGGCCGUGUGGAGCAACUCAAGGGCAGAGUGAAGGAGCUGGAACACCAGCUGCAGGAGUCGGCAAGAGAGGCUGAGAUGGAACGGGCGCUGCUUCAGGGGGAACGGGAGGCAGAGCGGGCACUGCUGCAGAAGGAGCAGAAAGCUGUGGACCAGGUGCAGGAGAAACUGCUGGUGCUGGAGACAGGCAUGCAGAAGGAGAGGGACAAGGAGAGGGUGGAGCUGGCCGUGGGACGGAGUGAGCUGGAGGCCCGACAGGCGAUGUAUGAUGAGCUCAAGACACAGCUCGAUAACUGCCCCGAGUCUGUUCGGGAACAGUUACAGGAGCAGCUGAGAAGGGAAGCCGAGGCUCUGGAGACAGAGACGAAACUCUUUGAAGACUUGGAAUUCCAGCAGCUGGAGAAGGAAAGUCGCUUGGAGGAGGAGCGGGAGCUGGCUAGCCAGGGACUGCUCCACAGCAGGGUGGAGCUGCAUCGGAGCAUUGCCAAGAGAAAGGAGCGCCUAGCAGUGUUGGAAAACCAGGCUACUCAGAUCCGGGCCCAGGCUGUCCAGGAAUCUGAGCGAUUGGCUCGAGAGAAGAACUCUUCCCUGCAGUUGUUGCAGAAGGAGAAGGAGAAAUUGGCAGCAUUGGAGAGACGAUACCAUUCACUCACAGGGGGGAGGCCUUUCCCUAAGACAACAUCUGCACUCAAAGAGGAUGAACUGCAUAUCUCUGAGUCCUCAGAGCUGGGGCUGGAGACUGACCCUUUGGGCUCCUUGCCCAGGCCUUUCCCGCCUGGGGCCGCUGCUGGCCCCCUAACCCCACCUGCCUCCACCCAGCUCUGCCCCAAGACACAAGAGAUGGAGAAGCUGUUACUUCCUGCCCUAGACUUAGAGCAGUGGUACCAGGAGCUCAUGGUGGGGCUCGGGGCUGGCCCAACUGCCUCCCCCCACUCCUCCCCUCCACCUCUGCCCGCCAAAGCUUCCCGACAGCUGCAGGUUUACCGCUCCAAGAUGGAGAGUGAGGCAGGCAGCCCCCUGCCUCGUACCCGCAGUGGGCCCAUCCCUUCUUCCUCUGGCUCUUCAUCCUCUUCCUCUCAGCUCAGUGUUGCUACCCUGGGCCGAAGUCCCUCCCCUAAGAGUACGCUCCUUACCCAGAAUGGCACGGGGAGCCUGCCCCGCAACCUGGCGGCCACACUACAGGACAUUGAGACCAAGAGGCAGCUGGCCCUGCAGCAGAAGGGCCAGUCACUUCCUGCAGAGCCCCCGCCUCUCGACGACACAGCAGGGCAGCAGGUGAUUGAGGAGCAAAGGCGGCGGCUGGCUGAGCUCAAGCAGAAAGCGGCGGUGGAGGCCCAGUGCCAGUGGGAGGCCUUGCACGGGGCAGCCCUCUAUCCCCCAGCCUCCUCAGGCUUCCCCCCACUCAUGCACCACUCCAUCCUGCAUCACCUGCCGGCCAGCCGGGAUCGGGCAGAGGAGGGGGAGCAUGCCUAUGACACAUUGAGCCUGGAGAGUUCGGACAGCAUGGAGACCAGCAUCUCCACAGGGGCCAACUCUGCCUGCUCCCCCGAUAACAUGUCCAGUGCCAGUGGAAUGGAUAUGGGGAAGAUUGAGGAGAUGGAGAAGAUGCUGAAGGAAGCCCAUGCGGAGAAGAGUCGACUCAUAGAAUCUAGGGAACGGGAGAUGGAGCUGCGGCGGCAAGCACUGGAGGAGGAGCGCAGGAGACGGGAGCAGGUGGAAAGACGGCUGCAGAGUGAGAGUGCCCGGAGGCAGCAGCUGGUGGAGAAGGAGGUCAAGAUGCGGGAAAAGCACUUCUCCCAGGCACGGCCCUUAACUCGAUACCUGCCAAUCCGGAAGGAGGAUUUUGACCUGAAGACGCACAUUGAAUCAUCAGGGCAUGGUGUGGACACCUGCUUGCACGUCGUGCUGAGCAGCAAGGUCUGCCGGGGCUAUCUGGUCAAGAUGGGUGGCAAGAUAAAAUCGUGGAAGAAGCGUUGGUUUGUCUUUGACCGGCUCAAGCGCACCCUUUCUUACUAUGCUGAUAAACAUGAAACGAAGCUCAAGGGUGUCAUCUACUUCCAGGCCAUUGAGGAAGUAUACUAUGACCACCUUCGAAGUGCUGCCAAGAAGAGAUUUUUCAACUUCAGCCUGGUGACUGAGAGUCCCAACCCAGCACUAACCUUCUGUGUCAAGACCCAUGACCGGUUAUACUAUAUGGUAGCGCCUUCCCCUGAGGCCAUGCGCAUCUGGAUGGACGUCAUUGUCACUGGGGCUGAGGGGUACACCCAGUUCAUGAACUGACCUGGAGGUGAUGGGAGGAGUCACCCCCAGCCACCUGCCCCUCCUCCACCCCACCCCCACUGCUCCUGGGGGCCAUGAGACCCUGACACUGGGUCUGGCAUCUGUCCCCAGUGGGAAUUUCUGAACAGAAAUGUUCCUCCCGGAACACCUUUCCUGAGGCUUGGGACUUACUCUACCAGGAUAUUUCCCAGAAAUCCCCUGGGUGGGGAGAGCCUGAUUUUGAUGGUUUGUAUAAGACACUUUGUUAACAUCCAACAAGCUUCUUGCUCCUGCGAGAUGCCAGGCUCUGGGUUUCCUGGGAGCUGGCCAGAAGGGGAAGCAGGGAUGUGUGUGGGGGGUGUCCUCCUUGGGUCUCAGCACCUGCCAUGACCCCUCAGGAGCCCUCCAAGGAAUUGAUCGGGGCUGAAGGCCUUGGAAACAUGUCUGUGCUAGCUGGCAUCUGGGACAGAGGAGGCUCUCGGCUCAGCUUGGGAUAAGGGCCCCUAGGUCUCCCUGGUCCCUUUUCUCUUUUGGAAAGGACACGCUUACGGUACCAGAAUCUGCCAAAGAUCCCCUCUUCAUCUCAGCCCCCUUCCUAGGGGCCCUGAGGGCUGAGCACAGUAGAAGGGUGGGGAACUCUUGUUCCUGAAACCCCUUGAUCUCUCUCCUCCUUCCCCUUCUCCCAGUUUAUUUUUUAUGAUUUUGCUCGUGACAGAGGAAAUGGUACCAUUACUGUGGUCACAGCUCCAUCUCCAGCGAUAGAGCCAUAGUUGUGCCCCCCCAUCCCCACCAUCGCUGCUCUAUCCUCAUCUCCCCAUGGCUCUGGGCACCUCUUGUGGGCCCUAACCCCCAGUCUUCCCAAGGCUACUUGCUCAAGGGCCCUUGGACAUCUUACACUGGGGAGAGGGGACUUGACCACCCUUCCCCUCCUCCCCACCCCAUUCUCUUAGCACCAGGCCCCAAUGCACUAGCCCUCCCUGGCCUUAGGUCUGGGCCCCUUCCCCCUCCACUCGUGCCUUGACUGGAGCCAGAGGUUGCCAGGGUCUGGGGGUACGGAGACCCGGAAAAGAGCCACAGGGUCUGGGGUGGGUGGUGGAGCGUGUCCUGAGGCAUAUCCUUGCCCUGGGAAGGGUUUCUUUAGCUUGUUUUCCAGGGAGGAGAGGAGCUCACCCCCACCUCCAGGAAGAGAAGAUCACCAAGGUGGGAAGAACCAUUCAGGGGGGUGAAAUGCGCACUCCCUGCCAGCUGCCUAUGUCCUACCCCCUCUUGGCCUCAGGAAUGUGGCAGGGAAGACCAGGCUCCCACCCACGCUGGUCCCAGCCCAGCCCGUUAGGCCUUAACACUAAUCCCUCUACUCCUGUUCAGACCUCCUUCCUUUCCUGCCUUUCCUCCCCCUUGGCCCGAGGCCCGAGUUGCUGCCUGGGUCCGGGCUGGGGUUGAUUGUUGUUUUGUUUGGUUUUUUUUCCAGUAUUUGUAAGCAGUUCAGCAAAAACAAUAAAGCAUUUGAAAUAAUCAUCCGAAGGGCCUGCUUUGGGGGAGUGGGGAGAAGGAAGCACAGGGACUGUGGGGAUGAUCCUUCAUUACAGCCCUUCAGUGGAUUCUCAGACCCUGAAGUGACUCGGUUUACCAUCCCAUGCCUUGGACAACGCCCAUCCCCCAAUCACUGUAGGCUUCGGCCUCCCUAGCCCAAGCCCUGGCCUCCAG